AUGUCACAAUAUCACUAUAGCCAACAGGGCCGGUAUGAGCCCUACCAAUACAACGGCCAGUCUGGCCAGGGUACACACUCUCCUGGAUUGCUCGACUCUCCGUCUAUCAACAUGUCCAACACUACGACUACUAUGGCACCUGGUAAUCAUGGAUAUGGAAGCACCCUAUCCACUACCGCGACCACCGGUCAAGCCUCCCGUGCGGGCUUUAUCGUGGACCAACAAUUCCAGAAAGAACAUGAUGCGCCAACCCAAGGGAAUGGGCGCUAUGUGCUAUUGGAUCAAUUCUUACACGAUCCCAGUGCUGCCUGGAAUCCCAUGAAGUCUCUGGGCGUCAGCCAAAAUGCCAACAUCACUGUCAACCCCGUAUACCCCGACUAUCGUGAUAACCAUGCGCCAUCCGAGUGUGAUACUGCCGCUGACCGCGCCGGAGUCUUCUCCGACUCUGGAUAUGGUAGUAUAGCCAGGCAAAGUGUCGGGAACCCUUCCGUGUACGGGGACAUGGACCGUGCCGGCGAUAGCCAAAUCAUGCUCCAAAUGUCACAGUUCCAGCUUCAGCAGGAUUCAAACCUCGAAACUACAGUUAUGCCCAGGGACACUCUUAUGCAAGACAUGGAAAGCGGUGACUGGAGCCACAAGGGCAGUGCCCGUCGCCCGGAUGGCAAAGGUCUGGUCUGUGAGCACUGCAAACAACCCGUCAAGACCAAGUCGGAGCUCAAUAAGCACAAACAGAAACAUACGAAGCCGCAUCAUUGCACACAACCUGGCUGCAGUCGUGGCCAAGGCUUUAGCACCAAGAACGAUUUACAGAGACAUAUAGCGUCCGUCCACAAGAUGCAUACCCUCGUAUAUCACUGCCGUCACGGCAACUGCCCGAACAAGUCCAAAAAGGAGAAAGAUUGGCCUCGGGCAGAUAACUUCAGGCAACACUUGAGAAGGGUUCAUCAAAUUAAUCUCAAGGCCGAGGACGACCUGAAGUUAUACGAAGUUCACCUUCCUCAGGAGCCGGUCGUUGCCGAUCCGUUGACCACCGCCUUUUUCGCGUCCCAGAUGCAAACGAUGCCUGAGCAAAACGGCGCUUCCUGGACUAACCAGGCACAACUGCAAUACCUGAGUCACAUGGCGCCUUUCACCGAAACCAGCCUUUCCGCUCCAACGGACUCUUCCCUCAUCCUUCAGAGUCGAGCGGUCUCGAUGAGCGAGAAUGCGGAUUUUCCCGCUUUGGAGAAUGGCAUAUGGCCUGAUGAAGGGGCCGCAGAGGUCAGCAGCUCCCACGUCCUUCACAUGGUUUCCAGCCGCCGCGGCUCGUUGGGCACACUUGAGAGGACGAGGUCCAUCUCGAUCGAUGAACCCUCCUCGAGUGGCCAGCAGCCUGGCUUUGAAUCGGAAGUCUUGGCAGACGGACGUGAGGAGAUGCCUGCGACGGCCGCUAACAGUGAUGCCAGUCCUUCGAUUACCACGGUUGGUAUGAAUCAGAGUAUCCGGCCUAUGUUGACUGGUAGCGGCCACUUGCCGUCUCAUGAUGAUGGACGUGAUGUCAAUACCGAUCAGCAUCGGGAGACUACCGAUGCGAAGGUUGUUGCGAGUACUCACCUUGAUAAUGAGCCAGCUGAAGACGAGGAGAUGGAUGAUACGAUGCCUGACAUGGGUCAAGACACAUCCGCGGACGACUCUGAUGAUGUGUCUGAGCAGCCUCGGGUCUCCGUGCUCAAGACAUCCUUUGGCUUUCAGAUUGGGAACUCAUCCAAGCCCAUCCUCGUCGAAGAUGACGAGAGUGUCCGCACCAUGCUUCGAGUCCUAAUAGCAAAGGGUAACCUUGAUCAGUUGAUGGCCGAGCUUGGAUACCAAAAGAAAGAGGAGAACUCUGAGCCCCAACUCCUAACCGAGAACAAGCCAGAGCCUGCACCCACCUCUGCAGCUGCAGCUGCUCCCAAGACCGGAAACACCAGCAAAAACCCCUGCUUCCUGUGCGACAAGAGCUUCAACCGCAAGUGCGAACUCAAGAAGCACCAAAAGCGCCACGACAAGCCCUACGCCUGCACCUUCCACAACUGCUCCAAAAACUUUGGCAGCAAAAACGACUGGAAGCGACACGAAAACAGUCAGCAUCUGCAACUCGAGGUCUGGCGCUGCGAUGAGAAGCAUCAGCGCCACCAGGGCGUCAGCCUCGUCGACGACCGCACCUCAGUUUGCGGCUGGGUCGCCCACCGCCGCGAGGCCUUCCGGACUCACCUGUCCAAGGAACACCGCAUAGUGGACGAUCCCACCAUCAAAAAGAAGGUGACAGAGUGCCACAUUGGCCGCAACUGCGAGUCGCGAUUCUGGUGCGGGUUUUGUCGCAAGACGAUCGAGUUCCAAAAAGACAAGAAGCUGGCGUGGUCAGCGAGGUUUGACCAUAUCGAGGACCAUUUCAUUGGGAGGAACAGCGUGAAGCAGCAGACUAUUAGGGAUUGGGAGUUUAUUGAGCCGACGACUUCGACUGUGGCUGGUGGCGGUACUGGUGGUGGUGGUGGUGGUGGUGCCAUUGGGAAGAAUGUGCCUGGGAGCGAAAAAGAAAAAGAGCGAGAGGUGGUUGAUUUAACUACUGAGCAGACAGGGGAGGAUUUGGAAACUCGGAGUUCUUUAAGCUCUUCUUCUUCGAGUUCCUCCUCCUGCCAGGGGCGGAUGCAAUCUCUGAAGCGCCGCGCGAAUGCAAUGGAUGGAACCAUAACGUCUGCUGCUGCGCCGAGAGCGAAGAAGCAGAAGAGCGGUCGGCAGAGGGAGUACCUCUGGUCUUGUUGUACUUGUACCGGAGCCAUGUACAACGUUGAUACGACGCCCGGGUGCUUGGAAUGCAACCAUGCUCGGUGCGAGCACUGCGAUCUUGAGUACCAUAGGGGUCCUCAGGAGGGACAUUAA